CCAUUCUCCACAAGGACCACAACCAUACAUCUACAUUUUCACUUCUACAAAAGAAACCAUUGAUUCAUGGGGGAGAAUAAUUUCAACUUGCCACCAGGCUUUCGAUUUAAUCCCAGUGAUGAAGAGCUUGUAGUCCAUUUUCUUCAGAGAAAGGCUUCCCUUUUACAUUGCCACCCUGAUUGCAUCCCUGAUCUUGAAAUUUAUUCAUAUGAUCCAUGGGAAUUAGAUGGUAAAGCAAUGUGUGAAGGUAACAAAUGGUACUUCUACAGUAGGAGGACACAAAGCAGAAUCAGUGGGAGUGGAUAUUGGCAGUCUUUGGGUGUAGAUGAACCAAUAUACUCGAGUGCUGCUGCCCAAAAAGUCGGCAUGAAGAAAUGUUAUGCCUUUUUCAUGGGUGAAUCUCCACAAGGUGUUAAAACAAACUGGAUAAUGCAGGAAUUUGGGCUCUUUGAUUCUUCAUCAUCAAAAAGAAGAAAUUCCAAGAUGGAAUAUAGUAAAUGGGUGGUGUGUCGAGUGCAGCAAUAUAACAAUAACGAUGAUGAUGACAGUGCAGGACUUUCAUGCAUGGACGAAGUUUUCUUGUCGUUGGAUGAUCUCGACGAAAUUAGUUUGCCAAAUUAGAUCCAAGAAUGUAGGAUCCAAAGGGUGGAACUUACCCUCUAUAUAUUUAGAAUGUAUUGUCGAUCUUGGUUAAAUGUUAUCAAUUAAUGCAAAUUUAUGUUAUUUA